AACCCCAGUAAGAAAAGAAUCAGAGGGCAAAGUCCAAAAGAAGCAAACUCCCCAAUUCUCUCUCAAUCAAGUACUCUCUAAUGGCGGAAGAAAAGAAAGAGCGGCCGCCCUCCGCCGUCGGCCUGGAUGCGAAAUGGGACGCGUGUCUUGAUCUCGGCAUCCGCCGCGUUGUCUACUCUUCUCUCGCCGGCGCCCUCGGCGGCCUCCUCCUCUUUCGGAGUCCCACAACUCGAUGGGCAUCUGUAGCUUUUGGUACUGGUUUAGGGAUUGGAACAGCAUAUACUGAAUGCUCUUACAUAUUUGAUGGUUCUCUUCCCAAGUGGUCAACACCACAGGCUUCAACUGUCCCAUCAGUUUCUUCUCAAGAGGGACAAGAUUAAAAGCAUUGCAAAGCUGAUGAUGGAAAGCUUGGAGGAUUGUAAUCGUCUCUUCUGAUGUUAACGAUGUUGGUGUUUUUUUUUUUCAUGCGUCUGCAGCAAAGUUCUAAAGUUGCAGUAUUGUUAUUCCUCUGUUAUUCUCAUGUUUGCUGGUUGAGAAGCAGAUAAUAAAUGUUUUCUUACAUUUCAUCGUGCAAACUACUAGAAGUGAGAGUUGGAAGUUUUUGAUGCCAUACCUAUUGAAAGUUCUAUCUAAUGUGAAACGUUUAAAUUCAUCAGUGGGAUAUAUAACUUGAUCAA